AUGUUCUCCCUCCGCACCGUCUUCGGUGCCUCCUCCGGCGCCCUCCGCCAAUUUCUCCCCUCCGUCUCCCGCCGAUCAUUCUACAGCUCUGUAUCGCUCCGCCCAUUCUCGCACAUGAUCCGAAACAGUCUCACAAGGCUGCGCGCUGGACAAUCACAAUCGAGCACUGCCGUCGCUGUUGCUGUGGGUUCUGCCAGGCAGAUAGAGCAGGUCCGGGGGAUGAAGACUCGGUCUUCGGUGAAACGGUUGUGUGAUGGCUGCAAGGUAUGA